AAAAAAUCCCAAAUGGCAAUUAAUUGUCUUGCCGUCCAAUGGUGCAAGAGUUGGGAUUAUAAAGUUUAAUCUCAACAUUUCCCCUAAUCUUAAUUAAUGGAGGAACCCUAAUCUUUAAUUAAUUGCAUCGAAUUCUUAAACCACAAGUCAACGUCACAUCCCCAUAAAUGCUGCCUCUUGUUAUACUCACUCCCAACCUUUAAUAAUUUCUUCAAAAAUGGUGUAACAAUAACAUAUACUACAAAUAAGUGGUCCGAUCUGUAUGCAAUUUCAAUGAAAAAGUAAAUACAUAAAUAAAUAAAUAAGUAAACGUAGGUUAUCCGUAUAAAUGUGUGGAUAUUCCCCCGCUAAUACGCAGUAUUACGCAAUAAUAUUCCCCGUUAAUUCAGCGUAAUAUUCUUCUUCUCAAUCGCCUUGUAUUUAUAUCUCUUCGUAUCUCCUGCCUUGUGGAAUGUGAGAGGAAGAUAACACGGUGGGCUCCCUGUUCUUGGUGCAACGGUUACAAAAUAGAUAGAUAAGAAAGAUGGGUGCAUCGGGAACAACGUUUGUGCUGGCUGUUCUAGCUGCUACGGUUCUUAAUUCUGCGGUUCUGUGCAGUGGGGGAAGCACGAGUUCUUUUGUUAGGAAAGAUGAGAAGAGUGGUGAUAUGCCACUUGACAGUGACGUCUUCAACGUGCCUCCCGGCCAUAAUGCCCCCCAACAGGUACAUAUAACCCAAGGAGAUCAUAUAGGAAAAGCAGUGAUUGUAUCAUGGGUAACUGUAGAGGAGCCAGGUUCAAACACAGUUCUGUAUUGGGCUGAGAACAGUGGUCACAAGCAUAAGGCAAAGGGGAAAGUCACCAAGUACAAAUUCUACAAUUACACUUCUGGUUAUAUCCAUCACUGCACUAUUAGGAAUUUGGAGUAUGACACCAAAUAUUACUAUGAGGUUGGAAUUGGGCACACAACAAGAACUUUCUGGUUCACUACACCACCAGAAGUUGGCCCUGAUGUUCCAUACACUUUCGGUCUUAUCGGGGAUCUUGGCCAGACUUAUGAUUCGAACUCGACACUUACACACUACGAGCAAAAUCCAACAAAGGGACAAACUGUAUUAUUUGUUGGAGACCUUUCUUACGCUGACAACUAUCCUAAUCACGACAAUGUUAGAUGGGAUACAUGGGCAAGGUUCGUCGAAAGAAGUGUGGCUUAUCAACCUUGGAUUUGGACAGCUGGCAAUCACGAACUUGAUUACGCCCCCGAAAUUGGUGAAACGAAACCUUUCAAGCCUUUUACGCACCGUUAUCAUGUCCCGUUCAAAUCAUCAAACAGCACUUCUCCUUUAUGGUACUCUAUCAAGAGAGCUUCGGCUUACGUCAUAGUCUUGUCUUCAUAUUCGGCAUACGGCAAAUACACUCCUCAGUAUAAGUGGCUCGAGCAGGAGCUACCGAAAGUCAACAGGUCCGAAACACCGUGGUUGAUUGUUCUGUUGCAUUCACCGUGGUACAAUAGUAACCACUAUCACUAUAUGGAAGGAGAAUCCAUGAGAGUCAUGUUUGAACCAUGGUUUGUCAAGUACAAAGUCGAUGUCGUAUUUGCUGGCCAUGUUCAUGCGUACGAGCGAUCGCACCGUGUGUCUAACAUAGCUUACAAUGUUGUGAACGGAAUCUGCACUCCGGUGAAUGACCUGUCCGCGCCGGUCUACAUAACCAUCGGAGAUGGAGGAAAUAUUGAAGGCUUGGCCAACAACAUGACAGUGCCACAGCCUGAGUACUCGGCAUUUAGAGAGGCGAGCUUCGGCCAUGCAACGUUUGAUAUAAAGAACAGAACGCAUGCUUACUAUGGUUGGCACCGUAACCAGGAUGGUUACGCUGUACAAGCUGAUACAAUGUGGUUUUCCAAUAGAUAUUGGAAUCCGAUUGAUGAUUCUACGAGCGCUCAAUCUUGAAGCAGUGGAAUUUUCGCAUUCUAAUUUGUUUCGGUUCUCCUUUUUUUUCGUAAUUUGUGCAGUUUGUGAUAUAUACAUAUAUUUUUUGUUCGGGCAACUUAGAAUAGGAGUGGUGCGUGCUUAAACAAGCUUAAAUAAAUGGGGUCGAUUGUCGAAUUGUAUACGAGUCAGAGAACACGAAGUGUAUUUUGAUUCUUUUUCAAUUUGAAAUGUGAAGUCACGUUGUAGAACUUUAGUGCUACAAAUGAUUUCUGUUUGAUUAGCUGCAUUAUGUUUGCUUCUGAGAUGAAUUGAAUUUAAAUAAAUGGACUUAUGAUUCUUUGGUUG